GGCGGAAGUACCGACCGAACUCUUCUGGGACCUGCCGUAGGCAGGAGGGUCGUGCCUCCCGCGCCUGGGCUCCAUUGCGGGCCGAGGCAGGCGCUCGAUCCCCCUCUGUGCGUCAUACUUCUCGCGCAGGCGGAUGCCGGGCGCCCCAGAGCGCUCCUGGCGCGGGUUCUGGGUCGCAGCUCCGUUAACGCCGGUCGGCCGCAUCUCCCCCACUGGGAGAUCUCCGCUCCGGGACAGUGUUUCUUUCAUCGAUGUCUCUCAUAAUGUGUAUCUUAAGGGAUAUGCUGCAAUAUUUUGGUGUUCCCAUAGACCAGGCUUUGGUGAUUUGGAAAAAUAAAGAUUAUGGAUCGGCUCGGAGUAUUGUUCGUAUUAUUGGCAAAAUGCUUCCUCUAGAGCCUUGUCGGCGACCUAAUUUUGAGCUGAUCCCGCUCUUGAACUCUGUAGACCCUGAUAGCUACGGACCUAGGGUUCCCUCUUUUGCUGAUAUCUUGUGUGUGGCAAAUGAUGAAGAAGCCGGUUGUCUGAGAUUUCGAAAUGGUAUGUGGAAAAAUGAAAAAGAGGAAAAAAGUGAGUUUACCCAUCUUGGGCAACUAGUUUGGGAUCCAUUGUCACCUGCUCCAAGACAGAACAAACCAGUGAAAAGUGAUCCGCCUGCAGAUAAAACUGCAAUAAAAAAGUUGGCUGCCCUUGAAGAGGAGCUCGCCUUCCUUCGCUCCCAGAUCGCUGCCAUCGUGGGAAUGCAGGCGCUGAAAGACAUGGCAGGUGCUGGUCCUUUUGACUUGAGUGAUGGCCCCAGUGACUUGGGACAGUCACCAUCGCUGGGGGCUGCUGGAGUGAAUGUGGACCCAAAUCCGUUUCCUGCUUUGAGGGUUCCCUCCCCGCCCCCGCCGCCACCACUACCCGUGCAGUGUUCUUCUCCCCGGCCCUCACGGACUCCUCCCGUCCAACCAGCAGCUGAUGCCGUCUGUGACUCAGACAGUGCAACUGAAAUCCAAACGCAGCAGCCAGGCGCUCGUCAGACCAGCUGCCCUCACCGUUCAGAAAGCCAGGGAUGUGCAGAUGUUCCCAACAUGCGAGAUGUCCUCAAGGAUCUGAACAAGGUGAAGCUCCGCGCUGUUGAACGGUCGCCGGGCGGUAGACCCAUUCACAAGAGGAAACGCCCAGCUCCACCGUGGGAUCCAGUAGCCUUAAUCUCACAUGCACUCAAGAAAAAGUUUGCAUUCCAAGAAGAGGAUUCCUUUGAGAAAGAAAACCAGUCUUGGGCGUCUUCUCCAUUUUCUAGUCCAGAAACUUCACGGUUUGGACGUCACAUUUUGCAGUCAGAAGGACAGUAAAGGAAGAGCGAAUGCACAGGAAAUCUGUUGACCAAGGUGUGAGCAGAAACUGUUGCUCUACGCUUCGAAGGAAAGAUCGUGAGAAUAUGCCAGGCGUGUCUUUCAUCACAUUUCCAAAGAGCUGCUGAGGGAAGUUAAUUAAAGGCUGUACACUGGGAUGUCCUCUUGCUGAGGCCUGAACAGUCUUGGCUUGCAGGAAGGAA